GUAACUGGUCAUCUGCCAAAUAGGUCCGGACAAUCGGACCUAAAUAUGUUUAGUUGAUUAAGCACUGGAUAUACAUUAAAAGGAUAGACGAUAUUGUCCGGAAGUACUCAGGUAAUUCUAUACGGUAAGGACACUGGUCAAGCUACUCCGGACAGAGGCGUAUGUACUGUGUUGAUUUUGACCACUCGAGUCUAAGAAGCAGCCGGACAGACUAGACUGACCAGCGAAACACAUCCAAAUAUUUGUGUACAUUGUAAGUGCCGGACAAUCGUCAUUCCAGCGCUGAUGAUCAACUAGAUAUGUACGUUACGUGGGCAACCAUUUGGGUCGCCGUGACCUUGUUCUGUGUGACGGCACAAGGACGGGAGACCAAGUCAAGAUUAUCCUGGAGUGAGUGGGCACCAUGGUCACAGUGUAGCAAGACUUGUAACCAGGGGAUACAACACCGGAACCGGAAGUGUGUCAAUGGACAAGGAGAAACUAGUCCGAACCCGAGCUACUGUACCGGUCGGGGCUUGGAAUACAGGUUGUGUGAAACGCAGGAAUGUGAGGGGAAACACGUGGACGACCGGACGGCACAGUGCCGGGGAUACAACAGACAGUUAGUGAGGGGGCGGUACUUCCAGUGGGACAAGUAUAUCAACCCCCAGAAUAAAUGUGAGCUCUCCUGUCGAGCUCUCUACUACAACUUCUAUCACAAGUUUGCUGACAAGGUCGAGGACGGCACCCUGUGUGGAAUGGAUGAAUCAACUGACGAAGUCUGUGUCCGGGGCCAUUGUCUGAAGGCAGGAUGUGAUGGUGUGCUGGGUUCGGGACUAGAACGGGAUGGCUGUGGUGUGUGUGAAGGAGACAAUACUUCCUGUAAAAGUAUUUCUGGGAUAUUUACCCGGACACAUCUUCCAAAUGGAUACAACUUGAUCACACAGAUCCCCGCUGGGGCGUGUAACAUUAACAUCACAGAGAUGGGCAGAAGUAUGAACUACUUAGCUCUACAAAUAACCAAAGGUAGAAACCUUAUCAAUGGAGGAAUGCGACUCAGCACCCCAGGGGAAUAUGAGGCUGCUGGUACGACCUUCACCUACAGUGCUUACGAAGGUCGAGGAUGUCCAGGCCAGUGUAUCAGUGCUCCAGGUCCGACUGAAGAGUCGGUAGAUGUACAGCUCCUGUAUUACCGACGAAACCCAGGAAUUAAGUACCAGUUUACCAUUCCUUCUCAUCUGAUGGACAACUACCUUGUAUCCAUCAACAAUAAGGGCACAGGUUACCGAACACACCAAAAUGGGCACCAGAGAAACCAUCGUAACCAUGGUAACCAUAGAAAUAUCCGUGUCCUAGAGAAUCCUGUUUACCGUGAAAACCAUGACAAUUCACGAAAUCAGAAUCUUGCACUGGAAACAAACAGUGGUAAGAACCCACGGACGAAUCCCAGGAGUGAAACAGAUGGUGGGAUUGAAAAUAACCCAGUUCAGACCAGGGAUAGGUCUACGUACCAGUUUAACCCAUAUGGUCCAGAUUACCGUCAGACUCCAGUGACCAGUGGUCAGUUUGACCCCUUUGACCCUAGUUACAGACAGCAGUUGUCACAGAGAGUGGGUCAGCAAUCCAGCAACUACCCACCCAGAAAUGGUCAGCCCUAUGUCGGUGACAUCAUCAGUAAUGAGGUUGUUCCCAAACUUUCGGCCCAGAACAUUCCCGACAGUGUGAACUACUACUGGAGGAUAGCCGGAUUUACUAACUGUACUGAGCCGUGUGGUAGAGGAAGCCAACAGACCAAGGUUGUAUGUAUGAAAAGAAACACCAAUGUCAUCGUGACGAUUGAUAACUGUGAUCCAAACCUUCGUCCAGCCACACAAACCAUUGCCUGUAACACCAACAUCUGUCCACCAGCUUGGAACACCCAGAACUGGACAGACUGCAGUGUUACAUGUGGGGAGGGGAUGCAGACCCGAAAAGUUGUGUGCCGACAGCGCGUGUCGUCAACUCACCUCAUCACAGUGGCCGCUUCUCGUUGUGGAGACCAGGAGAGGCCACAAUCAGCUCGGAGCUGUAAGGCUCCAGCGUGUGCCUUGUGGAAGGCUGGAGAGUGGGGAGAGUGUUCCACCAAUUGUGGGCGUGGUGAGAGGGUGCGCAAGGUGUAUUGUGAGAGUAUAGACGGAGGUACGACACAGGAAAGCGUCUGUAAGGGCAUCCGGCCAGAAAACGUCAGCACGUGUGAUAUGGGGACGUGUGCUAAGGGAUGGUUCCAUAGCAGAUGGUCCAAAGAGUGCUCAUCAGAUUGUGGCAAGGGCUACUUCUAUCGUACUGUGUACUGCUCUGCCGAGGACGGUACACCGUUGGACGAAAAAAAAUGUGGGGGUAGCCGUCCACGUGAGAAGAAGAAGUGCAAAAACAAAAAACCUUGUGGAGGAAGUUGGUUUGAGGGACCCUGGUCAGAGUGUUCAGCCACUUGUGGAGAUGGAGUUCGCCGUAGAGAUGUUGUCUGUAUUAAGAAGGUGGGAGAGCGUUUGUUUGCGUCUGUGAAGCCUGUGAAUUGUGAUCUAUCAGACAAACCAGUGACAGAGGAAUCGUGUGGACCACUACCAGAGUGUCCAUCAGAAUGGUUCGUCACUAAGUGGUCUCAGUGUUCUAAGAGCUGUGACACUGGAACAAGAACAAGAGAAAUAAAAUGCUUAGAUCCAAAACUCCAUCCAAACUCUGCCUGUCCUGUCACGUCACGACCAUCACGACGCUCUGCCUGUAACAAACAGUCGUGUGAACUACCACAGUUAGACGAAGAUCCAUCUUGUAAAGACAAGAUCAAGAUAUGUAACCUUGUAGCCCAGGCCAGACUCUGCACCUAUCCUUUCUACAGCGAAAAGUGCUGCAACACCUGUACCAUGUACCGCAACAAGAAAGGCCGACACCAAACGAAUCACGGCUCUUAGUACUUUCUGAGACGUUACAGACAUAUUGUUACAUUACAACCAUUGACAGACAGGGUGCAUGGGGAAGGGAGUGGCUUGGAGGUCACAACCAAAUAUAUGGGGAUGGUGUGGAGGGGGAGGAAAGGUUGGUGGGUAUAGUCACAUCAAAAAUUAUGGGGGUGGUGUGGAAAGGGGUUUGGGAGUGGUUGGACCUUCACAUCCAGAUUUAUGGGGAUGGGGGGGAGGAGGGGAGGGAGAGCUUAGGUACUCAAUCCAAAUAUUGCAUUAAAGAGAAGGGGAUUAGUGUUAUAAUAAGAUGUUCAGAUGGACCUUCCCUGAGGGGCACUCCUCUCUGCUGUGUCAGCUAUUGGGUGAGGACAGGGCAGGCCAUUGAGAGCUAUAGGUGCAAGUCUGUAAAGUUAGGACUAAUAUUACAUAUAAUCAUGUUGAGAGAGAGACAGAGAGAAAGAGAGUCAAAGUGAUAUACAUUUUGUAUUUGUUAUAUCUAUAAGACAUUCACACUAGUCUGUAGGACAGAGAGAAAACAGAAGAUUGUAUGUCACUACAAUUACACAUUAACAUAGGUUGAGAAAGAUAUCCUAGGUGUUCACGUGUACAUUGUAUGGAGGACAACCUGGCCAAUCCUACAUGGUCCAAAUCCAAAAUUAGGAAUUAUGUUAAAAUGUGUGCACACGAGAACAGCAUAUCAGAUUUGGUCUACGUUAGGUUUACUUGUCUGUGUUGUAAGCAUGUUAUAGUCUGUCCAUAGUCAUGAAUGUUGUGAUGGAGAAAUCCAUAGCGUACUGCUUUUUUUUUUUUUACUUUUUGAAGACAAAUAUACGACAUGCCACCUAGAGAAAAUCAUAUCUAAAUGAAUUGGAUUGAAGGUGAAGGACAGAGGUCAAAGGUGAAAGGCAAAAAUAAAUGAGAAUGGAUGGUCAGUUAUGAAGAACAGAGGUCAAAGGGGAGAGGCAAGAUUAAUGGAGAAAGAUAGAGGUCAAAGGUCAAAGGCAACAAAUGGCAAUGAUAAGUCCAAUGUGAAGGAUAGAGGUUAUAGGUCAAAGGUAACAUCAAGAACAAGUCCAAUGUGAAUGGUAGAGGUCAAAGGUCAAAGGCAAAAAAAGUUCAAACAUGAAGGAUAGCAAAUUGCAAGAACAAAUCAAAUGUGAAGAAGUGAGGUCAAAGAUGAAAGGCAACACCAAAUUGAAAGUCGAUGUUAAUGAGAAUUGUGAAUGAUGAAUGUUACUUUGAAAUAAUUGCAUAAAAAAAAUGACUUGUGUCCGUAUGUUCUGUGUGAAAGUUAAUUUUGAUAUAUUAAGUAACAAUUAUAUAUUAUUCCUGUUAUACCUCAUAAAGAUCUAUCUCCGUCAUACCAAUAGCCUACAUCAUACUCUCGUACAGCCGUUGUACUCGCAGCUAAAAUGUUUUUACUCUUACUGAAAAAACUUGACUACCCUCAAUACCUUGCCAUUGAAGAUAUAAAGGCAUAUUAAUUGCAGCUGAUAUAGUUAUAGAUUUGAAUCAAAUAUGUCACACACACAAAAACAAAACAACAUUUUAAUGAUAAGGAAUAUAGCAGAUGACUUGUCUUGUC